AUGUCACGGUCUAAUAAAUUAUUCAAGAAGUUCUUCCUUCUUGUUGUAUCAUGUGCCAUGGCUACAAUGGUGUUCUAUUGGAUAUCAGCAGAUUGGCCGGUAGUUAUAGAUGAUCAGAACUAUGGUAUACUCAGCAAUUUGGAUGCAUCAUUUGUCGUACUGGAGAAAAAAUGCUCAACUCGAACGAAUAUCUGCUUCAUUGUUAUGGACAGGAUUAAUUUUCAAACAAAUAAGGCUAUUCGGCACUUGAUGAUCGAAGGAUCAGAGGAUACCGUUGAAGCAGCAGUGCAGCUCAUGCCUCCUGAGGGCGCAAAUGUGAGUAUAUCAGAUACACGAAUAUGGCUGGUGGACCAUGAUAACUUGCUGAUGUCGUACACGAACGUGAUGGCAAUAGCACCACUUUUAACGUCAUCUUUGGAUUUAAGGCGACGAACGACUCAGAAGGCAAAAAUUUUGUGUGUUGGUGUUGGAGCAGCCACUAUUGAUGUGUUCUUGGCAAGGAGUUUCCCAUCUGCUGAAGUGAUCGGUGUUGAGUUGGAGCCGGCAGUGGUGGGAUUGGCAAAGAAAUGGUUUAGAGUUGAUAAACAGCCGAAUUAUCAGUUGAUCAUCAUGAACGGCGUUCGGUAUAUAAUGCAAACUGAAGAACAAUUUGACGCGAUAAUCAUAGACGCAUGUUCUUUGAGCCAACCGUUAGCGUGUCCUUCACCCGAAUUCCUCGAUGAGGCUCUCAUCGAAAAGAUAUCACUUCGAGUGUUGAAAGAUCGGGGCACAGUGGUAGUGAACAUAAUGACGAUGCAGCCAGCGGAUAAGAUGAUUGCAAAUGUGUUGAGGUUGUUUAAACAACAUUUCAAGAAUUGCUUCGCUAUAAGAAUGGAAGGCGACAACGUGAUUCUGAUGUGUUCGAAGUCAGAUAUAUUAACGCAUGAUACAACGGAAAUAACGAACAAAUUGAAUGAGCUGAUUGCUGAGUUACAUAUCAAGAUGGACAGUGCUGUUAUUGAGCGUAUUAUACUCAAUUUGUAA